AUUUUAGUUAAGAGCUGUCAAAAUUCUACAGAGCUAUAUCCAAGACAUGGGCAGCCGAAAUGUUACCCUAGAACACUUGAGUACAAUACAAUGUGUACUACAAAGUGUGAACCUGGAUAUCAAAUACAACCGUCGGGGGUUUUAUUGAUGAUUUGUCAGAGUUCGGGAAAAUGGAGCAGUAUUCUACCAGACUGCAAAGAUUCGGAGCCUCCAACUAUACUAGAUUGUCCCAGUACGCAAUAUGUAUAUGCUGACAAAGGAUUGGCUCCUGCUGUUAUUACCUGGGAUGUUCCCACAGUACAGGACAACUCUGGAGAGGCAAUAACAGCCACACAGACAAAGGGACAGUCCCCAGGAACCAACUUCACUCUAGGUUCAAUGGAAAUACGUUACUCAGCGACGGACUCGGCUGGAAACACCUCACCUGACUGUAUUUUCUCCGUCCAUGUUGAUCAACAAAUCUGUGACCCGCCAAACAUAAUUGAUCAGUACAUGGAGAUCGACUGUCCUGAAGGAUUUUCUUUUGGAUCGGAAUGCCAUUUGACCUGCCGAGGAAGUUAUCCCUUGAUAGGAAGCGAUAUGAUUUCCUGUGAGAGAAACACAACAAACCCAGUGGAAGUGUAUUGGUAUAUGGGCACAGGAGAGACACCAUACUGUAAACAGAACAAGUGUCCUGAUCUGGUUCCUCCUAUCCACGGGGCUCUAACCUGCGAUACGUGGAUGUAUGGUGUCCAAUGUAUGAUACAUUAUAACUAAAAAUACGACAUACCUGCCUGAACUGGCGGUGGAAGCAUACUUAGAUUUACUGGGCAGUUCACUUGUUCUACUAGCUCUGGAAAGUGGAGACCUCUGGAAACAGUCCCGGGCUGUACGGAUAAAAGAAACCCUCAGAGCCUUUAUCUACCAGGAGAAGUCUAUUAUUUUACUGGCUCUUGCAACGACACCAUAACACAACAAAAGAUCAAAGCAAACUUUAUUAAGGAGAUGCAGAAUUUACAAGACAAUGGCUGGGAAGGUAUUUGCCCUAAUUCAGACGACUGUAACGUAGACAAUGUAAACCUGAAAUGUGGUGCAGCACGUCGACGUCGGGAUCUUUACACAACCAGACGGACACGACAAAUAAACGGAGCUUCAGUUCUUGUAAAUUUUCAUAUAGUUGUGAAGUAUGAAAACUACGGUAAUAAUAUAACAGUCACCCGAAAUCAUUUAGAAAGAAAAGCUACAUCUCUUGGAUCAUUGAUGAAGGAAAAGGUACAGAGUGGAUCCUUAGAUGUAGAAGGAGCAGAGGUAGAUCAGGAAUCCUUCCAGACUGGCCAGUCAACCAUUACAUGUGAGCCAGGUCGAUAUCCACGGUUUACAACUCUUUCUUGUGCCUCGUGUCCCCUGGGUUCCGUUUAUGAUAACGAUUUAAAGGAAUGUACUGAAUGUCCUAAGGGUUCUUACAGAGACGAUGACAAUGUCCUGAUAUGUACUCCAUGUCGAUCCGGGACAUCAACGGCAGCCACUGGCACUCUCAAUGCGACAGAUUGUGUUCCGAUCUGUGAACCAGGUUACUAUUCACUGACUGGAGUAUACCCGUGUACACCCUGCUCGAGAUUCCAAUAUGGUCCUCACAAGAUGGCUACUCACUGUGAAGAAUGUGGUCCGGGGUCAAUGGCAUCAGCAUUUGCCAGUACUAAUGGAUCGGAUUGUUCAGUGUUCGAUGCAGUAAUUAGUGGAGGGAUGUUACCGCAUACAGUGGGAACAUUACAGGAUGGGAUUGGCAGUUUUACAUUGGCGUUGUGGAUAAGGAUUCCCAGAAGGAAAAACCUUUCCCUAAAUAACGAUGUUUCCCUUCAUGUUAAAAUCGGCAACGGUAUACGAAUACAAAUUGGACGAAAUAUUAACGCCACACUCAAUAGCAAACACUUACAAACGGGUAUUGGUCUGAACUUCGGGUCAUGGCAACAUGUGGCUGUGGUCUCUAACGUGUUUUCAAAAAACAUCAAGGUGUUUGUGCAAGGAGUUGUGCAGUUUACAUCACCCACAUCGGUGAACGUGACGAGCAGCGCUAAUGACGUACAGCUAUCUAGUGUCGGGAUGUCAGAGACGGUUUCUAAGAGUAUUGUUUUAGGUCUCCGUAUGUCCGGUCUCCUCCUCACACCGACUUCUUUAGACGACGGUGACAUAGAGUCACUGGCAUCGACCUGCUAUCACACACGGGAAGGUGCCGCUACUAUGGAUGGAUUCAAACAUGUAGACUCGAGGUCCAUUACACUCAUUUCACCAAGUGCUUGUGAUGCUGAAGACAAUUGUGAUCCGAACCCAUGCCAUGGACAUGUCUGUAUUGAGGAUGUGGAUGGAUCCAUUUGUCGCUGUGGUGGUGGAUUCACUGGCGAUUUGUGCCAGAUCCCUCCGGACUACUGUUUAAACCACGAAUGUGAAAACGGAGCCACCUGUAAUAACUUACUGACGAAUUACACCUGUUUGUGCGCUACUGGAUUUAAAGGACAUUUGUGUGAAAAUGAAAUAGUGGACGGAGGCUGGUCGAUCUGGAGUAACUGGUCCGACUGCUCCAAAACCUGUGAAGGAGGGAACAUGGCACGACAAAGAGAGUGUAACAACCCGUUUCCAGAUCCGGAGGGACAGCCUUGUAUAGGCGAGGAUAUGGAAACCGCAAUUUGUAACGAAGAUCCGUGUCCCGCUUGUCCGCCUCUACGACGAUCGUAUGGCACUGUGAUGGAUUGUAACUAUACAAAUGAUCUGAAUACCUGCCGUGCCAAAUGUCGAGACGGGCUUUGGUUUGCACCCGGUUAUCCCCCACUACCUGAGUACAAAUGUGGAGCGGAGACUGCGUACGAAUGGAACGGAAGACCACCGUCAUGCUCAGAGGCAUAUAUUCCGGAAAAGGUUGGAACAAUAUCUACGGUCAGCUAUUCGUCUGACGAUCUCUGUGACAAAGAAAAGGACAUGAAAACUGCACUGCUAGCGAAUGCUAAAGACAAAAUUGAAUGUGUAAUUACGGAAACCUGUGAAAUUGAUGCAUUUAUAGAAGGUUGCAGUGAUAUAUUUAAACGUUCCCUGGAUGAAGUAACAGUUAAGGCCGUUAUCACAUUCGAAAUACCAUUGGAAACGGAGGAAAUUAAAAAAGUUAACGUCUCGUCAUCAGCAGGUCUGAGUCCGACAUUAAUGAACUUUGUGCACGCUAUUUCUGCUCUCGGGAAUUCGACCAACCAACUUAAUACCAGUUCAGAGAUAUUGAGGAUCGAGGUCGAUGGUCAGGAGUUUGAUGCCCUUAGUGUUGAAACACAAGGGACAGUUGAGUGCCCAGAAGGGUAUAUUCAAUUAGAAGCAUUUUGUACUGAUUGUCCUCAGGGUACAUAUAAUCGAGACAGCAAUGAGUGUACCUCGUGUCCAUAUGGGACGUACCAGGAUACAGUUGGAUCCGUGUCCUGUGAGGAAUGCCCAUUUGGUUUUUCGACACCAUUCCUUGAGUCAACUGACAUAUCCGAUUGCUCUGUUCCAGCUGCAGUUACCACCACAAAAAUAACAGUCACAGUUGAAGGAGACUCUAUCACAGGUAUCGUUGUUGGCUGUAUCGUAGGGGCGCUGUUCGGCUGUGCUGUUAUUGCAGGAAUUGCAGUUUGGCAGUUGCGAAGGCGGAAACGACGACGGUCAUGCCAAAUCCCUGAUGUCAAAUAUCAUGCUUAUAACAACACAACCCUCGACUGAUCUGUUGGUGAUGACCUCUGGGGAAGUGAUCAUUCCGUGUAGCAAAACGAAAUAAGACAGAUUUCUUAGUGCUGACCUCUGUGAUAGCGAUGAUUUCCAUAGUACAACGACUGAUCUGAGGGUGAUAGCCAUUUCCUGGUUGUAAGACGUACGAAUGUUCUGUGGGUGGUGAACUCCGAGGAAGUGACCAUUUCCGUGUACAACUAUGUCGACCAUUGAGGAAGUGAUCAUUUCCGUGUACAACUAUGUCGACCAUUGAGGAAGUGAUCAUUUCCGUGUACAACUAUGUCGACCAUUGAGGAAGUGAUCAUUUCCGUGUACAACUAUGACGACCAUUGAGGAAGUGAUCAUUUCCGUGUACAACAAUGUCGACCAUUGAGGAAGUGAUCAUUUCCGUGUACAACUAUGUCGACCAUUGAUGAAGUGAUCAUUUCCGUGUACAACUAUGUCGACCAUUGAGGAAGUGAUCAUUUCCGUGUACAACUAUGUCGACCAUUGAGGAAGUGAUCAUUUCCGUGUACAACUAUGUCGACCAUUGAGGAAGUGAUCAUUUCCGUGUACAACUAUGUCGACCAUUGAGGAAGUGAUCAUUUCCGUGUACAACUAUGUCGACCAUUGAGGAAGUGAUCAUUUCCGUGUACAACUAUGUCGACCAUUGAGGAAGUGAUCAUUUCCGUGUACAACUAUGUCGACCAUUGAGGAAGUGAUCAUUUCCGUGUACAACUAUGUCGACCAUUGAGGAAGUGAUCAUUUCCGUGUACAACUAUGUCGACCAUUGAGGAAGUGAUCAUUUCCGUGUACAACUAUGACGAUCAUUGAGGAAGUGAUCAUUUCCGUGUACAACUAUGUCGACCAUUGAGGAAGUGAUCAUUUCCGUGUACAACUAUGUCGACCAUUGAGGAAGUGAUCAUUUCCGUGUACAACUAUGUCGACCAUUGAGGAAGUGAUCAUUUCCGUGUACAACUAUGACGACCAUUGAGGAAGUGAUCAUUUCCGUGUACAACUAUGUCGACCAUUGAGGAAGUGAUCAUUUCCGUGUACAACUAUGUCGACCAUGGAGGAAGUGAUCAUUUCCGUGUACAACUAUGGCGACCAUUGAGGAAGUGAUCAUUUCCGUGUACAACUAUGUCGACCAUUGAGGAAGUGAUCAUUUCCGUGUACAACUAUGUCGACCAUUGAGGAAGUGACCAUUGCCGUUAAACAACCACUACAAAUUAUUUGUGAGUGAUGACCUCUUGGAAAAUUUGCAUUCCGUUGUAUCAAUUAAACAUAACUGAUAUGUAAGUGUU